GUACGGCAGUGAGUCCUAUUUGAUGUGUUGCUGCGCGAGACCUGGAGUUAACAUGCGAUAACUGGCUACCUCAUCAUCUUCUAUCCGGUUGUAAGCAUGGUUAACGAAUGGUGGGUAGCUCGUCGCGGCCUUGCUUGGGGUAUUCUACUCGGCUCCUCCGGUGCAUCUGGAGUCGCAUAUCCGUUCAUCAAUGAAGCAUUACUGCACAAGUACGGUUACAAGACCACCCUCCGAGCUAUGGCUGUGGCUUCGAUCAUCAUGACCGGCCCACUACUUCCUUCUAUGAAAAGACGCCUUCCUGCUUCCCACACCAACGCUCUCGCCAGAACGGACUGGAGCUUUCUAAAGAAGCCAAUCUUUUGGUUGUAUAUCUUGUCGACAAUGUCCCAAAGUUUGGGCUUCUAUCUACCAUCUCUGUAUUUGCCAUCUUAUGCCGCUACUGUGGGGCUAAGCUCGAGAAUGGGAGCCACACUGAUUGCACUCAUGAAUGUGUCCUCGGUCCUUGGCCAGUUCACCUAUGGCUACCUUUCCGACGGUCGCUUCCCGCUCAAUGCUCUUCUUCUUUCCACAAUGCUGGUGUCGACGAUUGUCGCGUUGACUCUUUGGGGAUUGGCAAAGUCGCUCGCUGCACUGGUCGUCUUCGCUAUAAUCUAUGGCUUUUUCGCCUACGCUUAUCUCGCCAUGAGAGUGCGCAUGGGUACAGCUGUUGCGACUGAACAAAGCGAUUCGAUGACCAUGUUCUGUCUGUUUUCCUUCGCUCAAGGUAUUGGUAAUGUGCUUGCUGGACCCAUCAGUAGUGCGCUGCUGAUCUCGGACACCAACAACCAUGAUUACGGAUACACCAGAUACAAAGCCUUGGUCAUCUUUACUGGAGCCGCAAUGUCGGCGAGUGCAGUCUUUAUCGCAUUAUCAUACCUCGCACCUUCGAAGCGGAACACUAGAUGAUCAUUGGAAUUCCCUCCCUCAAUCUCUGCCAUUACUCGAGCUAGACAUUAUUACGUUUACAUGAUUCCAUCACCAUUACCUCUAGAAGAUUUUACAGCAACAUCAUAGCUCCGGCGACAACAGCGAGCAAUCCCUCACUAACAGCAACAGCAUUGGCACCGCCCGUUUGCCCAGUCGAAGUCGAAGCAGCAGAGGCA